UUAAAGGUGUGCAGUAAUUUCCUGCUGGUGCCAGGUCAAACCCCACUGUGACAUUUGGUCACGCCUGUCACUGCAGACCCAGCCGAGCGCUGCGAGGUUACUGCUCGGCUUUGGGGCUGCCUCUGGUGCAUCCUCUCACACCCAGGUGAGUGUUUGAGCACCUGGAUUUGAUCUCCUCCCGCUCAGUGCUCGCUUCAGAUGGCUGAGAACAGCAGCAGGAGCCUGCAGGACCCCCCUGGCUCUGCCCCUGACGAGAACGAGUUCCCCUCCGGGUAUCCCCCCAACAUCUGCGAGGACGUGCCUGGCCAGAAGUUCCUGUGCAGCAACUGCAACAACAUCCUGAAGAAAGCCCUGCAGACGCUCUGUGGGCACAGGUACUGCUCUGCCUGCCUCACCUGGAUCGUCAGAAACAAUAAAAAUGCAAUUUGCCAGAAAUGUAAAGAGGAAGAUCCCAACACUUUAGGUGAGGAAAGUCUAUUGGCAGAAGAAAGGGCUUUUGGUGAUGCUGCCAUUAAUAAAGAGAUUUCUGAACUCAGAGUCCACUGUGUGACCCUUGGGUGCAGCUGGUCUGGUACCAUGAAAGAUUUUGAAGAGCAUCAGAGUUUAUGUGAAUAUGCUUUGAUCCCUUGUCACACUGGCUGUGGGCACGUGGUGAUGAGGAGGAAGCUGGCAGAUCACUUGGAAAAUGGAUGUGUCAAUAAUGUGACAGUGUGUCAGCAGUGCCAGUGCAGCCUGGCCAGCUCUGAAGGCCAGAACCAGUGGCACGGGGAUCACUUCACCCUCCCUGGAGGCAGAAAUGGCAGGAGGCCUGUGAGUGGUGAUGCAUUUUCUGUGGCACAUCACGAUGGAGAAUUUGGAUUCCAGCCUGCAAAGUGUUCAGAAGCAGGAUGCAAGAAGGGUCUGCAGCUUGAGAAAAGUGAGCACUCAUGUGAAGGCAGUUUAUGCAAGGAACAAAAACCUGUGCAAACAGAAACAGCAUCAAAGGAAAAGAGCCACUCUACAUCCUCAUCCGACAAGGAUGGCUGUUGUUUUUCUGAAGUUGGCUGUGCAUUUAGGGGAAGCAAAGAGAAGAUCCAGGAGCACCAAAACUCCGCCGUGGCAGCCCACAUGCUGCUCCUGCUGCAGCACAUGAGGCAGCUGCAGGGAACCCUGUGCUCCAAGGGCCUCUCCCCACGGCCAGAGCUGAACUUGAAGAGUGCAGGAAAAAGCAUCUGUGACCUGCAGAUCCCAGCAGGGCUGCAGUUCAGCAGGGAUCCAGAAAUGGACUGGUUCCCUGCAUCUUCCUCUGCCCCUGAGGAUGAGUCUGGCCUGCAGCAGCUCGUGAGGGAGAAGGUGAUUUCUGAGCUGGAAAAUAAGCUGCACGUGUUUGAGAACAUUGUGGCAGUGCUCAAUAAGGAGGUGGAGAGCUCUAAUUUGGAAAUCCUGGCCUUCAGGAGACAGAGUGAACUGGACCAGAAUGUAAUACGGGGCCUUGAACUGAAGAUUGCAGAGCUGCACCGGUGCCUGACGCAGAAGGACGCGGGCCUGAGCAGCCUGCACAAGAGCCUGCUGUUCUCUGAGCAAGCCUCCUACGAUGGGAUCUUCCUCUGGAAAAUCACAGAGGUUGCCAGGAAGCUCCAGGACUCUGUGACUGGCAGGACAGUCAGUUUGUACUCCCCAGCUUUCUACACUGCAAAGUAUGGCUACAAGGUGUGUCUGAGGGUGUACCUGAACGGGGAUGGGACAGGGAAGGGAACCCACAUGUCCCUGUUCUUCGUUGUCAUGAAGGGAGAUUACGACGCUUUGCUCCCGUGGCCCUUCAGGCACAAGGUGACCUUUAUGUUGCUUGACCAAAACAACAGGGAGCACAUCAUUGAUGCCUUUCGCCCAGACCUGACUUCUGCUUCCUUCCAGAGGCCAGUGAACGAGAUGAACGUGGCCAGUGGCUGCCCCAUGUUCCUGCCCCUGGCCAAGCUGCAGUCCCCCAGGCACGCCUACGUGAGAGAGGACACGCUGUUCCUGAAAUGCAUCAUAGAAACGAAUUAGCAAAUCCUCAGGAUUUCUGGGAAAAUUAAGGUCCUUUUGGAGCAGAAAUGCCCAGAACAUCUCUGUCCACUUCCCUCGAACCUGCUUAGCUGGGAGAGCACUUCCAGGCUCUUCAACAGAGCCCACAGAGAGAGCUC